AUGAAGGAGGGCAAGGAGGACAUGAAGCCGGAGGUGUUCAAGGCUCUGCUCCGCUUCGCGUACACGGGCUUGUUGCCGGAGACGCGCAAGGACCAAGACGUCACCUGCCAGCACCUCCUCGUCGCCGCGGACAGGUACGGCAUGAGGCGGCUGAAGCUGAUCUGCGAGGAGAAGCUCUGCGAGUGCAUAAAUGUGGGCUCGGCGGCCAUCGUCUUAGCGCUGGCCGAGCAGCACCGUUGCGAGGGGCUGAAGAAGGCGUGCUUCGAUUUCCUCGCCGCGCCGGCGAACCUGAGGGCGGUCGUGGCCACCGAAGGCUUCCAGCAUCUGAGCAGGAGCUGCCCUUCACUCAUGGCCGAGGUGAUCACCAUGUCCUUGGGCAUUAGCUGA